CCGCCGAUUCCAUCACCAUCACCUCAUCCCAUCCCGCCGGCGAAGGCUCCCCACCACCCAACCCUAGAUCCAUACAGUCGUUAGAUUAGAUCCGAGCGGCGGCGGCCGCGGCGUGGAAGAUGGUGUGCAUCCGGCAGGCGACGAUCGACGACCUGCUGGCCAUGCAGGCGUGCAACCUGAUGUGCCUGCCGGAGAACUACCAGAUGAAGUACUACUUCUACCACAUGCUGUCGUGGCCGCAGCUCCUGUUCGUCGCCGAGGACUACGGCGGCCGCAUCGUCGGCUACGUGCUGGCCAAGAUGGAGGAGGACCCCUCGGAGCCCUGCCACGGCCACAUCACCUCGCUCGCCGUGCUCCGCUCCCACCGCAAGCUCGGCCUCGCCACCAAGCUCAUGUCGGCCGCGCAGGCCGCCAUGGACCAGGUCUUCGGCGCCGAGUACGUGUCGCUCCACGUCCGCCGCUCCAACCGCGCCGCCUUCAACCUCUACACCUCCACCCUCGGCUACCAGAUCCACGACAUCGAGGCCAAGUACUACGCCGACGGCGAGGACGCCUACGACAUGCGCAAGAUGCUGCGCCAGCCCGUCCCCAAGAAGCACCACCACCACCACCACGCCGGCGGCGGCUGCUGCUCCCACGACGCCCCUGCUGCCGCCGCGGCCGGCUCGUCCCCGACCUCCGCUUCGCCGGAGAAGAAGGCCGAUUCAUGAGAGAAAGCCAUUUCAAGCGCAAGGAGCUGCUGAACCUACUGGAUGAUAUGAAGCAGAUGGUGCUCUACUUCUGUAUCAUGAUUGUAGCCUUGUACCAAUGAUACAGAGGGAACAUUGUACGGUGAUCUGUAGGCUUGCCUGGUCAUAUUGGCUAGAGUCCUUGUAAUUCUUGUGAGAUUAAUGACAUGCACAUAUUUUAACUACCUCCCAUUGUUGUUGUGCCUGAAAUUUUGGGAGCAUCAUGCCUGAAGUGUGGAAGGUUAAACUAGACGCGCACUCAAUAAAAUUUGUUUUGAUGCCCUCUUC